UGUCCCGUCGUUCUUUCGCUCAUCGGGGCGGGACCGUGUUGCCGUGCAGGGCGUUCUUUCUGCGGUCACAGGCGGAGAAAUCGUUCUAGGGGUGGGUCUUUCUUGGCAAAGGAAAACCCACCUUUUUCAUUGUUUGUUUCUCGAGGAAGGAAUGUGAUGGUUUGAUCUUGCGGCGCAAGGGACGGGGUGAGAGAAGGAACUAGCGAGGAGGAAGCUGAGAGCUGCUCUGUUCAUCCUCAAAAAGUCAAACACGUUUGCCCUUCCAGAGCGCUACCAACGAAAAAUCGUCACCGUUCUUCUUCCGUUGUUCAAGGUGAUCAAAACUCACUUGGAUCACCAUUGAUAUCAGAGUCAAGGAAUAAAAAAGUAUUCAAAACUUUCACCUGAUGGUAGGAGGAAAAGAUAGGGACCUGUCCUUUUUUAUUUCAUCUUAAGUUCCCAGAACCAUUUAGAAAACACCACCAGACAAAUGUGUACCCCUCCAUCAAACAAUCAUAAAGACCUCACAGUGGAUUAACAUCAGAGAGAAAAAAUGACAGACACAACAAAUCGCCAUCUGAGACACAAGUUGCAGAGUUUAGCAAGACGUCUGGAUGAGCUUGAAGAGGCCAGAGGCAAACUACAGAAAGCUGAGGAUGAACUUCUUGACAUUCAGGACAAAAUCAUUCAGGCUGAAGGGAGUAAUUCCUCACUGCUCACCGAUGUGGAGGCAUUGCGGAAAAGAUUGCUCAAAAUUGAAGGCAAAGAUGAAGAGGUCAGGAAAGCGGAGGAUCUUUGUCGUGAGGUUAGGGAGAAAUUAGAUCAGGAAGAGACAAUGACCAGGGAUCUUAAAGUAGAGAUUGAGCGUCUUCAGCGCAGAAUGACUGAACUUGAGAAGCUUGAAGAGGCAUUUGGUAAAAGCAAGUCAGACUGUACGCAGUUGUGCCUUAGUCUUAAUGAGGAAAAAAACCUGACCAAAAAGCUUGCAUCAGAGCUUGAUGCCUUGAAGGCCCGUGUCAAGGAAGUGGAUACCUCUGAAGCUCGACUAGACAGGGCAGAAAAAUCCCUUACUGGAGAGAUGGAGAAGCUAAAGAGUCUCACUCAGAUGUUUGUGACUGAACGCAAAAGAUUUCUGGAAAGGCAGAGAGAGGAUGAGAAAAUCAUUCACAAGCUGACUGAGAAACUUGAACGUCAGGAAAACAAACUAGGCCAAGCAGACCACAGUCGGAUUGAUUCUAGAGAUCUUCGAAUUGAGGAUGAGUUCUCAGCUAGCCUUACAUCCAAACUGGCCAGGAAGAAGAGUUUUGACUACUUGAAGCAUCCAGAUGACCUACAUUUAAGAAAUAAGUCAGAGAACGAGAAAAAUAGCUUUGAGGGGCAAGAAGAUAAUAAGGUUAAAGACCUCAGCCAGGAAGUGGAAAGAUUGAAGAAUCGUUUGAAGCAGAUGGAGUUAGUGGAGGAGGAUUUGAAGAACAUGGAAUCCAAGAAUGCUGAACUGAUGGAAAAGUACCAGCAGGAGAGGAACCACAGUCAAGCCCUCCACAACCAGGUUGAGCAGAUGAAAAUGCAGCUCAAUGGUUGCAACAGUAGUAAUGGAAACUCUGCAGUUACCAGCACUACAGUGGUCGUGGAGAAUGGCAAGGCAGAAAACGAAGAGAUCCCUGUGCGAAGCUUCAGACAGGAGAAACCUAAAUUACUUAACAGGAGUCCUGCUGCUUCUGAACCAGUCACCUCCAAGUACAAAAGCAGAGAGGUAUCUCCUCAGCAGAGGCGAGAAACUAAGCAGAGGAACAAAGACCUUUGUCACUCUACAGAAAGCUCCCCAAAGACUGUACGAAGGACUCUUAGUCCAGCACAUAAUGUUAGGAAAGGUAUAAAGACUAAUUCUGAUAAUGGGACAAAAGAUGGAAAGAAAGAUGAAAAAAUUGGAAGUGCCUUAUCAAGUGCUCUCAAUGAAAGCAAGAAAGUUUCAGUCCUUAGUCGCUAUCCUCCAGCUGCUAAUGACCAAAAGUCUUGUAAGCCACCGGUCAAGCAAAAUGACAGUGAUCGCAAUAAGAGUCGAACAGAGAAGUUGUUCAAGUACCCUGGAAGCGAUAGUGAAUCAAACACAUGUGAUGGGUCACUCAUGAAUUCAGCCAGUGCUGGUAUCAUUGCUUCACCUGAGAAAGGACUAACCGAACCUGAGAGUUUAGAUCAGGAUGCUUCUGCAAUGUUGAGUCUCUCCAAGGCCAAUGGAUCCUAUACUGCUUACAGAUCCCAUGUAUCUCAAUCUUUUCAGAGUGAUCAUGGUUCUGAUGGUCACUCCUCAGCCUCGGAAACGGAAUAUAUUGGUUCCAUGCAAUUGCCUGGUGAGCAAAAUGACCCCCUGAUGUCAAGUACAAGUGGUAGAAAAUCGUCAAAGUACACUAGAUACUCACAGCUGCAAGAAUCUUACUCCGAUAGUUCCUCAAAGGGCCGUUUCAGUGAGGAGCAACACAGGCCUCUUACAGUGGAAGGGGAUACCCCGGAAACUAAGCAUACUACCUCAGGUAUUGAAGUCCGCAGGGUAUGCAGCCCUCGUGAAGCCCUCCAGUCAAAAGCUGUCAUCAAACAAGCCAUUGUUGAGAUUGACAGAAAGGAAGUGAUGUCAGGGGGAAUCCCUGAGCAUUUGACCACUAGCGGGAAACCCAAGAUAUCCACAAAGCCAGUAUUGACUAGUAAGAAGACCAGCAGUAUCACCUUCUAUCCCAAUGACCCCUGCUCCUCUCGAACAAGCAGUCGGAGCAGUAGUUUAUCAAGCGAGCCCCCUUUUAAGGAAAGACACACUUCCACAAGUAAUAUUGUGAUCAGUCCCAGUAGUGAGCACAGAGGUAGCAUCUCUAUACCUUAUGAAAUAUCCAUCCCUAAGAGUGAGAUCACUCUACGUCAAGGUGAGAAUGAUACUGACUUUUCUGAACCUCACGGUUACCUUGAGACUGCUCCCGUGGAGCCAGCCCUCCUAUCUCAAAGCAGUUUCAGCCUCCAAUCUUCAGAAACUUCAGACUUGAACAAUGACAUUGAGUCUGGGUUUGAGAGCAGCAGUAGCAGCACCACCCUAACCAAUUGGAAAGUCCACCACAACCACCACUCAUAUGAUGACAUUUUGCAAGAAAAGAGAAACGUCACUGUCAGGAGCACUUGGAGGAGCCGUGGGACAGCUUCUGGGGAUGAAUCUGCUCAAGCACCAAGACAAGAUGGCUCAGAGGAUGAGGGUGAGUCUGCAACCACCUGGAGAGCAUACAGGGCAACUGCAGUGUUGGACACUCCCUCAAACUCCAGCACUGUUGCUAAAUGUGGUAAUAAACCCAGCCCAGUUGAAGUAUACAUGCGUAGAAUCAACAAUGCAGCACCAGCGGUCCAUGAUCUGGGACGACGGAAUAAGAAGACUCCUUCACCAGAGAGGGCUAUUGCACAUGAGCCUGUUAGUGCUCAGCAACUUCAACCAAGAGGCCGUAAACACCCCAUGUCUACAGAUGAUCAAGAAAGCGCUCUGUCUUCAUUGCGAAGGCAGCCCGCGGGUGAUGUGGACCCGUACGAUAGGUCUGGGAGCCGUGGAGUGUGGCUUAGGAGGAACCCCAGAGCUGAUGCAAGCCGGUCGUGGUCAAAUCGCCAUCUGGACAACUGACACAGAUUUUCCUAAUAAGAGGGAAUGAAGCUCAUCUCCUCUCUUCAGUUGCAUCAUAUUUUUAAAGACCCAUCAGAUGAUCAGAUUACCAGGCAGUGACCCCCUGGAACCUCCUUGUACUUUUACAUCAACCACACCUGUAUGAUCCCACCAGCUUCCAGCGGUCUCUUUGGGAACAGAAGUCAACAUAUUCCUACAGCGAUGAAUCCUCUUCUGCUCCUUGUAGUUUGUUAAAGACGUCAGAUGUGACAAGGGAGAGGUUCAGACAUGUGACCAUCUUGCUGUUGGGAGGAUGUGAAGGGGGCUUUGGGUCAUUUAUCACCAUUUUGAAAACCCCACACAAACCUCUCUAGUGCCACAGAUCCUGGUAGAUGUCCAAAUUUGAGUUUCAUGCAUUAUUCUCACAAGAAGCAAGUUAUAGCGUGUGGCUUUUCAAGUAGUUUAACAAUCUCACUUUUUUUUUUUUUUUCUGGAUGGUGUUUAAUUUAGGAAUUCAUUGGGAUUAUUUCACACAGCUAAAUUUAAUUGAUUGUCCAGGUGUUCACAGCUAGAGCCAGUAGUCAACCACAUGCUAAGAGUAUAUGCCAAGUCUUCAGUAUGCAUUCAUGUAACUAAGCCCAGGUUUUUACCCUUAAAGCUCCAGGUGUCCAAUUUAUUUGGACUCAUUUCUAAUUUGAUCUUGUUGAUACUAGUUUGUUUAAUUCUUUCAUCUUCUCUUUAACUGGAUUUGAUGGUUGCACAACCAGCAUAUGGAAUGCACAGGACCACCAACACUAAAAUCUGCAUUUGCAUGGUGACCCUUUCCCGUCUCAGUAGCUCUGAAGGGAUUUUGGCUUUGGAUUCCAAACCAGCAGGAGAAGAAUCCAAUCAUCUAGAGCUCAUCUCGAUGUGACCUCGUCCAUCUGGGAAGCUAGCCGGGAUUAACCCAAAUGCUGGACAUUUAUGGAGGAUUUUAAGAGCGGAUUCCUCACAGCCGCUUUGUAACUCUAUUCGCAAACUUUGCACAGAAAGACACUGAUCCGAACUCUCAAUGUGUCACAGGAAACCAGUGUUAGAGAUUCUGCUGGUCCGAGUCAGUCCCUAGAUGGGUUGUGUUUUCAGUUAUUUCAGCCAUUGAGCUGGUUGAGCCUUGAGGGUGGCUAGCAUGACACCACAGAGGAUCCAGAAUGCUUAAGUUAGGAAUGCUUGUGCCUGGAUAAACGACCUCACCAUCGAAAGCAUUGGAAUGCCCAUCACACCUCAUGCGGUUAGUGCUUGUUGAAAUAUUUUUGAAUAGAGCUGCUGCAGUUGAAAUGUCUUGUACUGUUUCUAUUAGGUUUUUAAACUCCAGUGCCGCAAAUGAUUCAUUUUGUCAUUCAGGCUCAGAUUCCUCUUGUCCUUAAAACCUAUGCUGAAGUGUCUGUGUGUAUUAAUAUCUCUCUUAUUCAAUUCCCUGUGUCGAUUGAACCCGACGAUGACGGCGAAGGGUCCACUGUCCCUCGGCCCGCCAGAUGAUCUCAUUCUCAGAUGUCACUGGAAUGUGGGAUGUUUUAUUUGUCUGUUUUAAUCUAAUGCUGUACGUAUAAUGUUCUGGGAGUUGAUGUUCAGGUGGGCAGUUUGCUUUCUUUGCAGCAGCUUACUUGGUUAUUACAGCUUUAAAAAGAUCCAUGCCUCACCAUCAUGGUCAGUUUCUGUGUCCUGUAUAGUCAUUCAUCCCUCUGCUUGGGUUGGAUGGAGUAUUUGAAACACAAGUCGAAAUUUCUUUGUGUCUAUUGAUUUAUCCAUUUAAAGUCAUUCUAAUGAAUUUGUAAUUGCACUUAAAUCAUCAUUAAAACAGACUUGUGUAAGUAAAAAAAAAACACACACGCAAAAAAAGAUUAGAUACUUCCGAAAAUGUCUUUUUUUUAUUAUUAUAUGGAAGUUUCUCAAUAACUCAUUUGACUUUGGCCAGUGGUUUGGCUUUGUACUUCACAAGUUUUGGUUUCUGCUUUGUUCUGCACAGUAUAACCAAACGUGUUUUUCCAAAUGCCUUCCCCAGACUUCACCUCCACUUCCUGUUCAGGGGUCUUGGGCUGAAGCGAACAUGCUGGUUCCUCUAGCUCAUGCCUUUGCUUUCCCAGAAUACCUUAGUGCUCUGGGCUGCUGUAAUACAAGCUGCCAAUUCCUAAAGCCAUUUUACUAGCUGGCUUAAGCAGUGGCAGCAGGCCUGAUAUACGGCCCCAGGGUUGCUUGCAGGUCGGAGGCUAGUGCUGCAUUUGAUGGGCUAACUUCUGAGGGAGGAAGUGAGACAGGCUGGCAGUGAGUGGUACCAAGGAGGUUCGCCCUGGAUUCUGUAGAGUUUUAGCCAUUUCUCAAUUUUCCACAAAUAGUUAUAAAUUGUAAAUCAUUCUUUAAUAAAUUUGGGCCUGCUCAAAGCUUGAAAACAUGAUUCUAAAACAGCAUGACUCAAAUUGAUGUGAUGAUAUAGUGCGAGUCUGUACCAGCAGAAAAUACCAGCAGACUCUUUCUUCCCGACCCCUCCGGCCAGGCAAAGGUCUCUCGGCUGCCCUGUGACUUAAACUCUCAACCCGCAUCUGUCGGAAACCAUAUUUUUUUUAUGUGUUCCCAAGACAGUCCAAAGUUUCUGAAAGCGGUCUUUUUAAACUGCAAAUCUCAAGGAAUUCUUCCUAAUUUCUCCACCCCAUUUACUAAUGUGUCAGUGUGCCGUUCGCCCUCAGAAGACAUCGAACACGUCUCUGAUUUUCAUUUCUCCACUUCUGUCUUUAGCUCUCUGUGGAAAUAAUGGCUGCGAGAGUCGAUUACACGUCUCAGAGCAGAUCCGUGGUUAUAGUUUCACAUCCUGUUCGUUUGAAAGAACAUACAUAUAUAAAUACUAAAAGACAUCUUCCUUCAUCAAGGUUUUCCAAUCUACAUCUCUUUUGUGUACAUUUAGGAAGUCAAACUUAACCUAGCUGUGACACAAGUCGGUAAGCAUUACCGUGUUUAACUUCUGACAGUUGGUGAUGACUCCGAAUGGUUUUUAAUGGUUUAACGGUUUUCAUUUUUAGUGACAAUUUUCUAAGCCUUAUUGAGGAAAGUAGUUGUAAUUAUUUUCUAAAUGUCAUUUAUAAGCAAUAAAGUAAUAUUGAAUGUACAGAAGAGAAAUUUUGAAGGCUGUGUUAUACCCACAUUGUGAGCCAGCAUUGGCCCUGAAAGGUCAAAAAUAGGUCACUGUGUCAUGAAAAACCAAUUCAGAAUUGCACUUAACCAGCACUUAACUUAAAUGACUCUUUUGACCUUCUCCUUAACAUUUAUUGAUUUCAUCUUCUAAUGUAAAUCUGAUUUUUUCUCUUCCCCUUUUUGUUUUGUAUCACUUUCCCCUAAUUAAGUGAAUGUACAGCCAUCAAAGAUGUGUAUAUAUUUACGUGUGUUUGUGCACCGGCCAGAAUGACUUAACGAAUAAUGAAUAAUUCACCUGCAGAAACUGUGAGACAGAUCUUGUAUUUUUGGGGGGUUGAGAAACAGACUGUCCACAUUAUUUUUAUAGACUGCAAAGUGUUUGAUUUUGUGUCAUUAUUCGUUUUUCUGUAAGGCCAAGUGCUCUGAAUUGUCUGUUGCAGUUGACACGUAAUGUGCCAAAAAUCAUUCCAAGAUAUUUUUGUAGUUUACAAGGAAACGAAAAGCUUCUUAAGCGUGAAAUUGAAAGGGUAAAUAUUUCUGUUGUCAAGCUUUUCCUUUAUCCGUCUUUUUUUCUCCUCCAAACUUUAGUCGGAUAGGUUUUAUUUAAAAGUAUUUUGUAAAGUGGGCCAUGUUUUUUUUUUUUUUUUGUUCAUUGUGUAGAUGUGUACCUUAUUGGGCUCCUGGAGAGUGUUUUUUGGAUGAUUAAUUUUCAGUGUUCUAUUUUAUUCAGAAUCUGUAUGAACUAUUAAAGUAGAAAGACUCAUUUAAGUGUGUUAAUUCACCAGCCUUUCAAACUUUGCUUCCCCCUCACCCCCGUUUCAUUCUAAGGGAAGUGUUUGUGUAAGAUGGACCUGUCGAGCCAGGGGCUCAGAAUGGUUCUGUUCUGUACUGUUCUCUUUUAUUAACCGUUCAGACUGUGGGUUUCCCUUCUGUUCAUUCAUCUCCUGUGCCGUAUUAAAAGCGCUGCCAAAGACAGAUUUCAGGCCUUAAACACACAUACAUAAACAUGCUGUUACACACAGUCACUGAAUUAAAGUUCACUGAUAUAUAACUACAGAAGGGAGACCGAUGUUGAGAGCAUCUAUGUGGUGUUUCUCUCUCUGAUCAAGUGAAUGUUAGUGUAGAGGGAACAUGCUAAUUGUAUUCAGCCUCUCAGUGUCACCAAUAACACACUCUGUGUCAGUCUUACACCUUUGUACUGUAAUAUUUGUGCACGUUUCAGCUCAACAUGUUUCACCAUUGUGCAUGGAGCUAGACAUCUCUUUAGGCUGAACUGCAGACUAUAUGUAUUCCAGCUAAUAUAAUAAAAGCAACUUGUUUGUAACAGGUUUGGGUUGGUGUUUUUUUGUUUCGUUUAAUCUGCUGGUAGAUGGUUAUUAGACACGACUGAUGGACUGAAUGUAAGCACUGCUGUCAUUUAAUAGAUUUAUUGGUGAUAACAGUAAAAGGAACACAAACCAGGAAUUUAAUAUUCAGUAUUUUUGACUGAAACCCCUUUGGUUUCCAUUGAUGGAACACAUUCUUUGUGUAAUGCCAGAUAGAUCAAUCUAAAUACAACUCUUCAGUUGGAAUAAACAACACUCAUGGCAGUACAUUUUAGGCAUAGCCUAUGGGUUUCCCCAAUGUAUUUAAUUUUUUUAUUUUCUUGUAUGGUAAGCACAAAGAGAAUACAGUAGUUAAGUCCAUACCACAUACUGAUAAUGACACAGCAGCAAUGUUGAUGGAAUCACUUUCAGGACUUACAGUUUUUUGAAAGACUUUCCAAAUGGAUAAUUUGGAAAAGUCUAGACAGUGAAGUUUCUUCCAGUGUAGAACAUUUAUCAGCAUUACAGAAGAACACAGAGUUUUAAAAGCAUUUUAAUGGAGCGAUAACAUGAAACUGACUAGGUGAUUUAAAACUGAAACGUUAGACGGCCUAUCUGUGUGUGGAGGUGUUGUAUGAGUGUCUGUGUGUACGUAUGAGCAUUUAGUAGAUUGUAGAGAAGUAUAUUUCUGCACUCCGAGCUGCAGGGUGUGUGUGUGUGUGGGGGGGGGGGGGGGGGGUGUUCUGUGUUGAAGGGCACAUUGUGAAAUUGUAGUGUGUGGGUGAUUAAGAGAAACAUCUGUCUGUGAACAGGAUGAGUCAGGUUUGAGUUCUGACACGCUCAUGUACCCGUUACUGCAAAGCCCACGCUUCAAAAACCAGUCAAGAAGAGACACAUUCAAAGAAGGAUCCAGCUGUCUUUGAGAAUAUUACAGCAUGUCAAAGGUGUAAAAAUACAAGUUGGAUUGUGGAGGAGAUCAAAUCAAUUUUAAUAUUAUGCAAUCAGACUACAGAGUCUGUCCUGAGGAGGUGUAGCUCGUGUAUCAUUUCCUGCUACCGGCUAAUGUUGUGGCUCUAGGAAAGUCAAUAAAUCUAGAGGAACUGGUCUUGAAGUUGUCUGCAGUUAACAGUUCAACAUAAAAGCAUCCACAAAAUACCAUAAUAUCUAAUAAACGUGAUUUGAUGGCGAUUUGGCUCUGUGGUCAGUGAACCGAAUGUACUCACAUUAUCAAAACCACUGGACAACUGCAGGAUUAUGAAUUAAAGUAUGGUUGUGGCAACGUGGUGCAGGCUGCUCAGGGCUCUAAUCAUGUACCAAACUGCUGGGGCCAAUAUCAGCGAAGGUCCCUCAGACUCCCACAAUGCAGUGCAGCUGCCAGGGCCCACACCACACAAAAUGGGGCUGUGGCCAGAGGCCUGGAGGGGUUAUAGCAAGAACAGAGAGCGGGAGAGAGUGGCCAAGAAAGCCUCGGGACAGCAUGACACGGGAAGAGACUGGCUGAACUAAGAAUAAAAAAGCGAAGCAGACAAAAAUGGGAAGGAAAUGGCCACAACCAAAAGAAGAGAAAAAAAUGAGACCAUGAAAAGAGGCUUAAGAAACUUAAAAGUGCCUGACCAACAUAUUAAGUAAAAAAAUUACCAAAAAAAACCCCGCAGUUCAUUCCAAACACAAUUGCAUAUAAAAACAUCAAGACGUAAAUAAAGUUGUGACCCAUUACAAAAUCUGAUUCCUACAGAAAUUACCGUACUCUAUUUCACCUGCAAAAUAAAUUCAGAAUGCACCUGAAGAAAAAAAAAAAAAAAAA